UAUGUCUAAACCUCUAACUUCAACAUUAAUUGCUUAGAAAGCUAAGACUGAAGCAUUGUAUAGCAUCAAAUCACUAAACUUAUGGGGAAAUGAUCUUGAUGAUAUCUCCAUCAUUGAAAGACUCCCAAAUCUUGAAGUUCUUUCCUUGUCAGUUAAUAGGAUUACUACUCUUGCUGAUAUUGCAAAAUGCAAGAAUAUAAAAGAACUUUAUUUAAGAAAGAAUAAUAUUUCAAGUAUUACAGAAUUGCAAUUCUUAUAACAAUUACCUAAAUUGAAAGUCUUAUGGCUUUAAGGUAUUAUUUAAUCUAAUAAUAGAAAAUCCCAUUGCUGAUCAUCCAAAUUAUAGAGAUGCUGUAAUUUGUAAUUCUUCAACACUUGAAAAAUUGGAUGAUGUUGUUAUUAGCCAAUAAGAUAGAGCAAAUGCUUAAUAAUAAUUGUAAUAUGGAAUUUCAUAAAGUCCACCAACUAAAAUUCAAAAAGUAGAAGAAGAAAUGGCACAAUAUGUUGAAGUUAUUAAACCAAAUCAAUAUUCUCCAAAUAAUGGCGGAGGAAGAUAUUCAAAUUAACGAGAAUAAUAAACAAAUUAAUAACGACAAUCAUUAUAGUAAAUGCAACCAUUUCAUUAGCAACAAUAAUAGUAACAAUUCUAUCAAUAACAAUAAUAACAAUUAUAAAGAGAAAGAGAAUAAUAAUAAUAACAAUAAUAAUAUUUGCAACAAUAACAAAUACAAUAAUAAAUUUAACAAUAACAAUAAUCACAAUUAUUUCUAUAAUAAUAGCAGUAACAAUAACAAAUAUAAAGACAAGUCGUGAAAUCAGAAUAUGCCGAUGAAGAAAGAAAUUCAAACAUUUUAUGUGCCAUAUUAUCUCUUCUAAAAGAAUUAGAUAAACCUACUUUAGAAGUGGUUUAAAGAGAAGUAUAUGAUAAAUUAUAAUAAUAUCAAGAGUGA